GGACAACUAACUCCCAAGUGAGAUACGUCCAUCAUACGUAACUCCCAAGUGUAAAACUUAGAAAUGUCGUAGCCAUUUAGCCCCUUGUCUGUACCCUUCAAAGUGAAAACAUAAUGCCUGGGGUCACAAGUAAAUUACCAGAUGGCUGGGAGCGUUCUGAAACAGCCAACGGAAUUCCAUACUACGUAAAUCACGAAACUGAAAAAACCCAGUGGGAUCAUCCAGAAAUGGUCAGUCUACUGGAGGAGACAGAGAGUUUCAGUAACAUUAAGUACGCUGCGUACCGAACAGCCAUGAAGCUUAGGGCUAUUCAGAAGAAAACUCAAUUGUAUAUGGUUGAUCUGCAUGUAGUCAGGUUGUCUCUCAGUGAUGAAGGAAUUAACAAUGGAUAUGUGGAAGGGAACUUGUCUGUAGCAAAACUAUCCAAAAUCAUCACUGCUGUAUUUGUUAAUCAGAAUGGAGAUCGGAAUGAAUUUAUUGAUGUGUCUUUAGCAAGUGAACUGACUCUUAACUGGAUCCUCAAUGUCUAUGAUCCGGAGAGAAAGGGAUAUGUGCCAAUUCUUUCUUUGAAAGUCUGUCUUUCCAUCAUGUGCUCUGAAAAGAUUCAAGAAAAAUACAGAUAUUUGUUUUCGCAACUUUGUAAUAACCAGGGAUUUUUGGAAAGAAAGAGGCUUGAUUUGUUCCUUCAAGAGAUGUUGCAGAUUCCCAAGAACAUUUUUGAGGGCGGAUUCUUCAGUGGGUCAAGUGUGGAGCCAGCUGUGAGAAACUGCUUUGAAAGGGUGUCCAUUCCUGAUAGAGCGUCAGCUGGAGAGUUCAUCGAAUGGAUGAUUGCAGAACCACAAACAAUUGUUUGGCUACCCACACUUCACAGACUAGCUGUCUCAGAGACUGUAAAACACGAGUCCAAAUGCAAUGUAUGUAAGAUGUACCCUAUAGUCGGCUUCAGAUACCGCUGCUUAAAAUGUUUCAACUUCGACAUGUGUCAGGGAUGCUUCUGGUCUGGUAGAGUGAGUAAACAACACAAAAUCGGUCACCCCACACAGGAGUACUGUCUGGUGUCAACACAAAAGGAGGACAUGAAAGACUUCGCCAAAGUAAUGCGAAAUAAAGUGAGUAAGAAGAAGAAAAGGCAAAAAGACCCGUCCAAGGGAAGGUUUAUUCCAAUUGAAAUGAAAGAUGCUGCCCCUUCUGAUGGCGAAGAUGAGGAUUCUGUGGAUUUUGGUACCCCGGGGGAAGUUUUACCAGGUUCAAACGUCAAGGAAAGAGACGACGCGGUUAGCAGACCAGAAAGUCAUGAAACAAGAGAAGAAAGGAACGCAAUCAGGGAAAAGCCUUCAAUGACUCGGCCCAUUGUCAGGGAUGAUGAACACGGUCUGAUACAACAUUAUGCAAAGAGCUUGACCGGCGAACCAGAGUCAAUGUCUCCCGGUUCUGCUCAAGUCGCAAGAGACAGAGAUAGUCAAAAGAAGGUAGAAUUGGAGCAUCUGAUCAAAAGUUUGGAAAACGAUAACAGGGCCUUACAAGGCGAAAUCGAUAGUAUAUAUCAACUUCGACGUCAGCAUCAAAGGGAACCUAUCGUUCCUGUUGAGGACCCUUCCAGAGAGGCCAAUUUACGACGCAAGAGGGAACGUUUGGAGGCACGUGAAGAAGUUCUCGAGGAACAUAACUAUCAGUUGCAAGUUCAGCUUCAUCGUUUAAGGAUCCUUCUUCAACAGGAUGAAGCCAUGCAGCUCUCUUCGCCAGAAAAACCAUCUGUUCAUCCUUCUUCUAAGCCUUACAGAACUGCGUCACCCUCAGUCGCAACCAUUGCUUCUCCCUAUACGGGUUCUGAACCGAACAAUACCAUGAUUUCAUCGGAAGUUAAUUUUUCUGGUGGCAUUAACCAACCUCCUUCCGUGCCAGGCGUGUUACCAACUCACUCCUCAAGCCAACAUUCGUCUGUUCCACAAGCAACAUUUCUCACAUCAAGUCCAUCAAUGCAGCUAAAUUCUCCUCGGUACUCCUUGUCACUUGGGCAUCCUUACCAAAAACCACAGUUCGGGGAGUUCCAGAGAUCCUUGGCAAGUAAUCCUUUUCUUCCUAAAACAGCUGCUGAGUUGGGCGUGGCAGGUCGAUCCGUCAUUUCUCGCGAAGGGAUUGAGCUCAGUAAUAUUGUCGAUAGAAUAACUUCUACUUUCCCUUUGGAUGCUCACUCAGACUUGCCAGUUGAUAUACACAACGAUAUUUUUCUUGCUGCAAGUAUUAUUGGCGAAGCAAUGCAGUGUAUGGUCACUGAAAUGUCGCGGAACACGGAAUCUGAGAAAGCGGGACUGGAAGCUGGCAGAAUAUUGACUCGAGAGAAUGGCGGGACUGACUGCGGUGGGAAGGAAACUUUCCCUGGCGAAGGAUGUCCUGCAGGAGACUCUUAUAAAAGAUUUUCAAUGCAUAGUGCCUCAGGAUCUGAUUAAGGAUACCUCUGAUUCGAAGAGGCCUGGACUGGAAUUAUAGAGGGGAGAUUGCUGGUGAAAUCGAGCCUGUAUUCUACGAGAUGGACAUAAACACUUUACUGAAUACUCAAACUAGUUUGAGACUUUCGUUUCAUAGAAAAUUAAUGUCUACUGUCCAAGUUUUAGUGUCAGUUAAUACUGCUCCCUGUUAAUAGCUUUGGUUAUGAUAAAGAUGUCAAAGAUAAUUUAUAAAACUCUAUCUUUUAUCAGAUUCAAA